UGGACGGCAAGAGAGAGGGGCCGGCGCCGCCGCAGCAGGGGAGCGGGCGCGAGCGCGAGCGGGGAGCAGCUGUUCCGGACCCGGGGACCCGACGUGACCGCGCAGACGGGAGCCUGUGCCCACACGGAGCCUUCCGGCGAGAUGUGGUGGAGAACCAUAGAACUACAAUGUUAUUUUUUUUUAGUUAAUUGUCUCCUAACUGGUUUAGAAGCCGUGCCUAUAGACAUAGACAAGACAAAAGUAAAAGAUGUUCCUAAUGUGGAAGGAGAAAAAAUAGAAACUCCAGAUACUGGACUGUAUUAUGAUGAGUAUCUCAGGCAAGUGAUUGAUGUGUUGGAAACCGACAAACAUUUCAGAGAAAAGCUCCAGAAUGCAGACAUAGAUGAAAUCAAGAGUGGGAAAUUAAGCAAAGAGCUUGAUUUAGUAAGUCACCAUGUUAGGACCAGACUUGAUGAACUAAAGAGACAGGAAGUGGCAAGAUUAAGAAUGCUAAUUAAAGCUAAAUUGGAUUCCAUUCAAGAUACAGGCAUAGAUCAUCAAGCUCUUUUAAAACAGUUUGAGCAUCUAAAUCAUCAGAAUCCUGACAAGUUUGAACCAAGAGACUUAGAUAUGUUAAUCAAAGCUGCUACAAAUGAUUUAGAAAACUAUGAUAGGACUCGCCAUGAAGAAUUUAAAAAAUAUGAAAUGAUGAAGGAGCACGAAAGGCGAGAAUAUUUGAAAACAUUGAAUGAAGAAAAAAGACAUGAAGAAGAAUCUAAGUUUGAGGAAAUGAAAAAGAAACAUGGAAAUCAUCCAAAAAUUAACCACCCAGGGAGCAAAGACCAACUAAAAGAGGUAUGGGAGGAGGCAGAUGGACUGGAUCCUAGAGACUUUGACCCGAAGACAUUUUUCAAGUUACAUGAUGUCAACAGUGAUGGUUUUUUGGAUGAGCAAGAAUUAGAAGCCCUGUUUACCAAAGAGUUAGAAAAAGUAUAUGACCCUAAAAAUGAAGAGGAUGACAUGGUAGAAAUGGAAGAAGAAAGGCUUAGAAUGAGGGAACAUGUCAUGAAUGAGGUUGAUGUUAACAGGGACCGGUUAGUGACUUUGGAAGAAUUUCUAAAAGCUACUGAGAAAAAAGAAUUCUUGGAGCCAGAUAGCUGGGAGACAUUGGAUCAGCAGCAGCUUUUCACAGAAGAAGAGCUGAAAGAAUUUGAAAACCAUAUCUUUGAACAAGAGCACAAGCUCAAGCAGAAGGCAGAAGAUCUCCAGAAGCAAAAAGAAGAACUUCAGCUUCAGCACAACCAGCUUCAGGCCCAGAAACAGGAAUACCAGCAGGUGGUACAGCAGAUGGAACAAAAGAGAUUACAACAAGGAAUACCUCCAGCAGGGCCAGGUGGAGAAUUAAAAUAUCAGCCACCUGGGCAGCAACAAGAGGAGAAAUCAGAAAAACAUUCUCUAGGCAGUGACCACCUUCAGCCUUUGCCACCACAGCACGUUUCUCCUCUUCAGGAAGGAGCAGCCAUGGCUGAACAUGUCCAGAUUCACCCUUAAUCACCUGGUGCCUCAACUUUAUAAUUGUUCAUUUUUGUUUGUUUAUAAAGGGAGACUAAAGUGGAGUAAGAAAUUAAAUUUAAAAGUCCUAUUUCUUGCCCUUACCUGUAGCAUCAUCAAAAAAAAAAAAAAAAAAAAAAAAAAGAAUGUAAUUUUGUUUCUA